AUGCUGCAAUUUGCUAUCUUUGACUACACAGGCCAAUGCGUCAGUGCAAACUGUGGUUGUUUUACUAUACACGAGGCAAAUAAUUUGCAUGUGUUAGGUUCAUUCUUGCAUCUGCUUGUUAGGUCGCGUUUGGCACCUGGAUUUUGUAGCCCUGAGUACCAAUUCUCUUCCACAAUGUUGAUCCGAUACUGUUCGAGUCUUAUUUGUUCCUCCAAGAUGGUCCAAUGUUCUGUCGCAGUUUCCAGGCUCCACACCGCUACUAUCCUUUCAGCUGUUACGGGGAUGCGGAAGAAGACCUAUGUUCGUGAUAAGCCGCAUAUGAAUAUCGGGACUAUCGGUCAUGUGGAUCAUGGGAAGACCACUCUUACUGCGGCCAUUACAAAGGUUUUGUCGGAGGAACAGAAAGGAAAGACUAUUUACAAGUCAUACGAGGAAAUUGAUGCCGCUCCCGAGGAGAGGAGACGUGGCAUUACAAUUAACGCUGCCGUGGUCGAUUACUCCACGGACAAGCGUCAUUAUGGUCAUACGGAUUGUCCUGGACAUGCUGAUUACAUCAAGAACAUGAUCACCGGGGCUAAUCAAAUGGAAUGCGCCAUCAUUGUGGUUGCAGCUACCGAUGGAACAAUGCCUCAAACCCGUGAACACCUCCUGCUUGCAAAACAGAUUGGAAUUGAGAACAUUGUCGUUUUCAUCAACAAAGCUGAUGCUGCCGAUGCUGAGAUGUUGGAACUCGUUGAGCUGGAAAUCCGUGAUACCCUUAAGCAAUAUGGGUUCGAUGGUGACAACACUCCGGUAGUUAGUGGAUCGGCUCUUUAUGCUUUGGAAGACAAGGACCCAGCUAUUGGCCGUGAGAAAAUUAUUGAACUACUGAAGGUGAUUGACGAGGUGCCAAUGCCUAAGCGUGACCUGGAUAAACCGUUUCUUCUUCCAAUUGAACAGGUUUUCACAAUCACAGGUCGUGGAACAGUUGCGACCGGUAGCAUUAAGCGCGGGAAAGUGAAGUUGCAAGACCAAGUAGAAAUGAUAGGCUAUAACAAAACACUGAAAUCCACGGUUACCGGGAUUGAGAUGUUCCAUCAGAUGAUGGAAUACGGUGAAGCCGGUGACCAGGUCGGUAUUCUGCUUCGCGGUAUCAAACGUGAUGAGAUUCGGCGUGGAAUGGCGAUUAUUGCUCCAAAAUCAGCUACCAUUCACAACUACUUUAAGGCCCAGGUUUACAUGCUUUCGAAAAAGGAGGGUGGUCGGGAGAAGCCAUUCACAACCAACUUUCAGAUGCAGAUCUUCAGCAUGUCAUGGGACUGUCCAGCUUUUCUUCAGUUGGAAGAGGGUCGGGAACUACUAAUGCCCGGGGAGGACGCUACCAUCAAGCUGCACAUGCAAAAGAAAAUGUUCCUAGAGCCCGGUCAGCGCUUCACUAUUCGCUCCACUGGCUCGACAAUGGGCUAUGGCGUGGUUUCCGAACUCCUUCCUGACCCUGGAUUGGGGAAAUGGGCCGAGUAG